AUGCCUUGCGCGAUGAGGACUCCAUACAGGCGUGAUGGGAGAGUUGGCAUACACUGCAGCCAGCUCUCGGCUCCCCUUGGCCCUCGGGCGAUGGAGGGCGCGAUUAGAAAUUCAAGGCGCGAUGGAAGCAAAUCAACUAUGCGGCGUCGCGGGCCCGAUCAAUUAGGGCGCGUCGUUCGGCGCGGACGUGCCUUAUCAAGGUUUUUUGCCGCGCAAAUUGCGCGCAUCGCCCCCUACGCUCUAGGCAUCCAGCGUUUGUGUCUUAACAAGCUCAUGGACACUGUGACCUAUCAGCAGCUCGAAGCUCGAAGCUUCCACGCUCCCCGAGAUCGCCAUGAGCGUCUAAGACAGCUGUCCGGCUGUGCGGAACUCUUGCGUGAUAGCUUUCGACUACAGUGCACACGCGGCACGCCGAAUGGGCGCGUCACGUGCAAGCACAAUGAGGCGCCGGAGGGAAGGUACGCCCGUGGGAACAGCGAAGGGUUGGCGACGCGGCCGCGGCUGCGUCGGCAAAAAACUAAUGAAUAUCGGGUCGUU